AUGAUAUUUCAAAACCCAAAAGUGACGCUGACACCAACUUGUUCUCCGCUCGAAUCAGAUGUUCCCCCAACCUACAGCGUAAGUGACUCUUGUGACAAUUCACCCACUGCUCUGAGUCACCGGAGUUCAGCUUCAGGCCCCCAUAUCGUUCCACUCGUAUCUGCAGAUGGGCCGGUUCCUUCUCGUCCGAUGCUCAUUCGUCUGAACAAAGCCAAGAGAUUUUCCGCUACUCCCUUCACUUACAAUGUGUUCGACAAAACAGCGAACCCACUAAAAACGGUCCACGAUUGCCUGACAUUACGGUUGGAAACAAAGUUAGAUUCUAAUACAGUGUAUUUGCCGGGAUUAAACUCAUCAUUAGAUGAUGAAUUGGAAUCUCAAAAAGCAUCCUUAUCUGGUCACUUGGUUCUUACGGUUAAAUCAACAUCACUGGUAAUACAAAAUUUAGCAGUCAGAUUAAAUGGAUACUCCACCGAAUUUUUAUGUGUGCUGGACAAUGACCAGAUAGAAAAGGUUAACGAAGACGGGACUACCGUAAACAAAUCUAAUUUAGAAUCACAGGUUCGGCUUUUCAGGGAAGGUCCUGAAAAAAGGCCAUCAUACUAUGACCCCUUCAUCACUGAUGAGAUUGUUUGUUUCGAUAAGUUCCCCAUCGUCCUAACAAAGGGUACAUAUAGUAUACCUUUCACCUUCGUAUUGGAUUCUAGGAAGCACCACGCUUCUUACAGAUCAAUGAGGGGAUCCACUACUUAUAGAGUAGAGACCUCUCUUACUUUGCUUCCGGAAGGCGGAAGGAGAGGUAGCGCCAGUUUCGGUAUGUUUUUCCCGAAGCCAGAACCAGAACUAAUAUUUCUCACCCAAGAAUGCAAAAUGGUGAAAACAAUACCUUAUUCUACCAUGUUACAGAAUCAAUCGGUCGAAGACCAAGGGUUUCUUAAGAAGGAGAAUACCGACUAUUCUUUCUACCUUUCCUCUAAAGUUUUAGAAAUUGGGAAGCCGUUCCAAUGCACUUUGAACCUCAUUGCUCCUCCAGAAACAAAACUGUUGAAAGUUGACGUCAAGUUGCUGCAAAAAAUGACAAUUCCAAUCGUGACGACAGAUAUGUGUACUCCAGUGGGGAAAAUAUACGCCAAGAGUCAAUUUUUCCAAUUGGACAGUUUCGAGCAGCCUGCCAACGCUGUAUCAAACACCAUUAAUGUGAAAUUUGACAACAUAGUAAUCUCAGAUGAGCGCGAUAACGGUAUCUUGACCAAAAAAAUUCUGCCUACUUACUGCGAGGCAUCAAGACUAAAAAUACCGACCAAAGAUUCAAAGAUCGCCAAGUUGGAAACAUCUCAUCACGUGAUAAUAACAGCAACAGCAGCCGUUCCUGUGGGGACUGACCAUGCAGACGCCUCGCCAUCGAAACAGAAGUACAAGAAAACGAACAUCAACUUCAAGAUACCAGUGAUAGUGCUUGACCAAUAUAUGGGUUCGACACUACACUUGCCUGCUUAUGAACCAGAAACUACAAAUUCAAAAAUAUUAUCCAAUUGUUUAGAAUUCUCGGGAACAAUAAACUGUCUCGAUGAUUGUGUUCCAUUAGUGUACACAGCGGCAUACUCAUCUACAGAGAAUUCACCUGACUCAUCACCAACUUCUCCCCCAAGAUAUGCUGCUCUAUACAAUUGA